AUGAGCUUCUCCAUGCGCAGCGGUGUGCAUGUAAUUUGGAUAGGCCUACUGGUUUGUUGCCUGGUUGACAUAGGGGCUAGCAUGGAGUUCACUGGUGCUGAAGGCCAGUGGGCGAGGUUUCCCAUGUGGAAUGCUUGCUGUGAAAGCGAAAUGAGUUUCAACAUGAAAACAAAAAGCUCACAUGGACUUUUAGUAUACUUUGACGACGAGGGAUUCUGUGACUUCUUGGAACUUCUGCUCCAUAAUGGUAGACUCAGCCUACGCUUCUCAAUCUUCUGUGCCGAGCCCGCCACUGUACUGUCCGAUACUGCGGUCAAUGACAGCCGCUGGCAUGCGGUUACGGUGCGCAGGAAUUUCAAAAACACCACUUUAAUCGUGGAUGAAGAAAUCAAGUGGGUGGAAGUGAAGUCUAAAAGAAGGGACAUGACUGUUUUCAGUCAUUUAUUCUUAGGGGGGAUACCUCCCGAACUGCGAUCAGUAGCCCUGCGGCUCACGUCUGCAUCCAUCAAAGACCAGGUUCCAUACAAAGGAUGGAUAACCAAUUUGAAGGUGAAUGGAUCAGAGCCGAUGAUAAUCGGUAGCGAGGGCAUCAACAGUGACAUUUGUGAAGCGGACCAUAUUUGCCUGAAUGGAGGAGUGUGCAGCAUCGUCAACGACGAACCCAUCUGUGACUGCUCUGAAACAGGAUUCCAGGGGAAAGACUGCAGUGAAGGUCUUGCGCACCUGAUGAUGGGCGACCAAGUGAGAGAGGAGUAUGUGGCGACCUUCAAGGGCUCAGAGUACUUCUGUUACGACCUCUCUCCAAACCCUAUCCAGAGCAGCAGUGAUGAGAUCACACUCUCCUUCAAGACCCUGCAGCGCAAUGGCUUGAUGCUCCACACAGGAAAAUCGGCUGACUACGUCAACCUGGCACUGAAGAACGGUGCCGUCUCUCUGGUCAUCAACUUGGGCUCUGGGGCCUUCGAGGCCCUGGUUGAGCCCGUCAAUGGGAAAUUUAAUGACAAUGCCUGGCAUGAUGUGAAGGUUACCAGGAACCUCCGUCAGGUUACAAUAUCCGUGGAUGGGAUUCUCACCACCACUGGAUAUACACAAGAGGACUACACCAUGCUAGGCUCCGAUGACUUUUUCUAUGUCGGGGGCAGCCCCAGCACUGCCGAUCUGCCUGGAUCUCCUGUUAGCAACAACUUUAUGGGCUGCCUCAAGGAGGUUGUGUAUAAGAACAACGACGUGAGGUUGGAACUGUCUCGUCUGGCCAAACAAGGUGAUCCCAAGAUGAAGGUGAGUGGAAUGGUGGCAUUCAAGUGUGAGAACGUGGCCACGCUGGACCCUGUCACCUUCGAGACCCCCGAGUCCUACAUCACCCUCAGCAAGUGGACUGCAAAAAAAGCUGGUUCCAUCUCCUUUGAUUUCCGCACCACCGAGCCCAAUGGACUGCUCCUCUUUAGCCAUGGCAAGCCCAAACAACAGCAUCAGAAAGACUCCAAGGGUCCUAAAACUAUGAAGGUAGACUUCUUUGCCAUUGAGAUGCUCGAUGGCCAUCUUUACCUUCUACUAGACAUGGGCUCAGGAACAACCAAGACGCAGGCCAUGAACAAGAAGGUCAACGAUGGAGAAUGGUACCAUGUGGACUUCCAGAGGGAUGGUAGAUCAGGCACCAUCUCGGUCAACUCAGUACGCACCCCCUAUAACGCUCCCGGCGAGAGUGAGAUCCUGGAUCUGGAUGACACUCUGUACCUGGGUGGUUUGCCGGAUAAUCGCGCUGGUCUGGUGUUUCCCACCGAGGUGUGGACUGCACUGCUCAACUAUGGUUACGUGGGCUGCGUACGUGACUUGUUCAUGGACGGCCAGAGCAAAGACAUCCGGCGCAUCGCUGAAGCCCAGAGAGCCGUCGGUGUCAAACCUUCUUGCUCCAAAGAACCUCCAAAGCAGUGCUUGAGCAACCCAUGCUUAAACAAUGGCGUGUGUAGGGAGGGCUGGAACCGCUAUGUAUGUGACUGCUCAGGGACUGGCUCCCUGGGUCGCUCCUGUGAAAGAGACGCCACUAUCCUCAGUUAUGAUGGAAGUAAGUUCAUGAAGAUCAAGCUGCCCGUGGUGAUGCACACUGAGGCAGAGGACGUGUCGCUGCGCUUCCGUUCCCAGCGAGCUUACGGUGUUCUGAUGGCCACAACCUCUCGCAACUCUGCAGACACUCUCCGCCUGGAGCUGGACGGAGGCCGUGUCCGACUCACAGUCAAUCUAGACUGUAUCAGGAUUAACUGUACUACCAGUAAAGGCCCUGAGACCAUCUUUGCGGGUCAGAAUCUGAAUGAUAAUGAAUGGCACACGGUCCGUGUGGUCCGAAGGGGGAAAAGUCUGAAGCUUACAGUGGAUGACCUGCAGCCCUCAGAAGGCCAAAUUACAGGAGACCACACGCAGCUAGAGUUCCAUAACAUCGAGACGGGCAUCAUUACAGAAAAGCUCUACAUGCCUGCCGUUCCUUCAAACUUCAUCGGGCACCUGCAGGGUCUGUCCUUCAAUGGCAUGUCCUAUAUCGAUCUUUGCAAGAAUGGGGACAUUGACUACUGUGAGCUAAAUGCCAUGAUUGGCUACAAGAGCAUCGUGGCAGACCCAGUGACCUUCAAGUCUCGCACCAGUUAUGUGACCCUACCAACGCUGCAUGCCUACUACUCCAUGCACCUCUUCCUCCAGUUCAAGACCACUUCCCCUGAUGGACUGAUCCUCUACAACCGAGGAGAUGGCAACGACUUCAUCGUGGUGGAACUGGUUAAAGGUUAUCUGCAUUAUGUAUCUGACUUGGGAAACGGUGCUCACCUCAUCAAAGGCAAUUCUAACACACCUCUUAAUGACAAUCACUGGCAUAAUGUGAUGAUUUCACGCGACACCAAUAACCUCCACACAGUCAAGAUCGACACCAAGAUCACCACGCAAACCACUAUGGGGGCGAAGAACUUAGAUCUGAAAGGUGACCUGUAUGUUGGAGGAGUGUCUAAAGAUAUGUAUAAGGACCUACCGAAACUGGUGCACUCUAAAGAGGGCUUUCAGGGCUGCCUGGCGUCUGUGGACUUAAACGGCCGUUUGCCGGAUCUGCUGUCAGACGCACUGAGCACUACAGGACAGGUGGAGCGGGGCUGUGAAGGUCCCAGCACUACCUGUCAGGAAGACUCGUGCUCCAAUCAGGGUGUGUGUCUGCAGCAGUGGGAGGGCUUUACCUGUGACUGUAGUAUGACGUCGUUUGGAGGGCCGCUCUGCAACGACGCGGGAACGACGUACAUAUUUGGGCGUGACGGUGGGUUGAUUGUGUACACCUGGCCACCCAAUGACAGGCCGAGCACGAGGGCGGAUCGUCUUGCAGUCGGCUUCAGCACACAGCAGAAGGACGCAGUGCUGGUCAGAGUGGACAGCUCAUCUGGCCUCGGAGACUACUUGCAAUUGCAGAUAGACAAAGGCAAUAUCAGAGUGGUGUUCAAUGUGGGCACAGAUGACAUAAAUAUUGAAGAGACCUCAAAAUUUGUAAAUGAUGGAAAGUACCACAUAGUUCGCUUUACAAGGAGUGGUGGUAAUGCCACCUUGCAGGUGGACGAUCUGCCAGUCAUUGAGCGAUAUCCAACAGGCAACAUUGAUAACGAACGCCUGGCGAUUGCUAGACAGCGAAUCCCAUAUCGGCUCGGUCGAGUAGUUGACGAAUGGCUACUCGACAAAGGUCGGCAGCUCACCAUCUUCAACAGCCAGACUACCAUAAAGAUCGGUGGUGGCGAACGGGGCAGUCGGCCAUUUCAGGGCCAGUUGUCUGGCCUCUACUACAACGGCCUCAAAGUGCUCAACAUGGCCGCCGAGGGUGAACCCAAUGUGCGCGUGGAGGGCAGCGCCCGUCUGGUUGGUGACUUGCCCUCCUCGUCCAUCACACCCCAGUCCAGUGCCUCUGCCUCGGGCAACCGCUCUGAAGCUUCGCCCUCCUUGACAGACAUCACCACCACUACGGCAUCCAACCGGCAGGGCAAGCAGACCACAACACCACAGGACGAUCUUUUAGUCGCGUCAGCUGAAUGUCCCACUGAUGAUGAAGACAUCGACCCAUGUGACCCAACCUCAGGUGGGUUAGCACACCCUCCCCUGCAGGAAGUGAAUGGUUACCCGAGCCCGGAGGUGAUCCGUGAAUCCAGCAGCACCACGGGCAUGGUGGUGGGCAUCGUAGCAGCCGCCGCCCUCUGCAUCCUCAUCCUCCUUUACGCCAUGUACAAAUACCGCAACCGUGACGAGGGCUCGUACCACGUGGACGAGAGCCGUAACUACAUCAGUAACUCAGCCACGCAGCCCAACGGAGCUGCUGUGAAAGAAAAACCCAUCGGCGUGGCCAAAAUCUCCAGCAAGAACAAAAAGAACAAAGACAAAGAGUACUACGUCUGAUCCCACAGACUUUUUUUUCCCCUCCCAGUUCCUGUGUUCAGAAGCAUACAGGCAAAAGGGAGGAGACGCAAACCCUGUGUAUAGUAAUUAAGAGGAAAAAAAGCACAGUCUUAGUUUUAACUGAGACGCAGAUAUACUGUUACUAACAAUAAGAACAUAUACUUUAUACCCAAGCACACAAGAACUAUACAGAGCUAUGCGUGUGUACAAAAGGAAUUAAGCGAGAAUGAAAGGAAGCUUGAAAAUGGAGAUCGAUCCUCUGGACAGGUACAAGCCAGUACAACCCUGUAUGUUAGGGUGAAUCUCUUAAAGACAUGGCCACUGGUCAAAACUGAGGUCUUACUGUGUUUCAUAUUAUGUUGCCUGUGUAUGUGUUACUGGGACAUGCCCUCUACAUGCAGAAAAUCCAUAAACAUCUGGAAAAAUGAAAAAGACAUUCACGAAAUGAGAGGAACAAAGUGACUUAUUACACUGAGAAGCUACCUACUGUAUGAUCGUUCAAUCAGCCAAAGUAUUCGCCCCCCCUCUUUUCUAAUGGCGGUGUUGGCCAUCUGGAGACAGAACCAAACUGGAGAUAAAGAAAAGGAUCCAAGCAAAACUCAAUAUCAAGGAUGAAUACCUUGGGUCAAAGAGGACUGUGGAGGCCUUAUUAUGAAGCAAAGUGUAAAAUCGGUCGUUGUUUCUUUUCCGUUUGUAUGUUGUAUGUCAUGAUAAUGACAGCAGCAAUGAGGUGGUGAUGCUGAUGAUUAAGGUAAAGAAUGGCGGGGUCAUUUGGCGAUAGUUUGAGAAAUACUCCAUGCACGUGAAGUAUCUUAUUACAUAUGUUUAUAUACGGUGCAAAGACUAUCUAUGUGUGCUCUCUGGACUGUGGCUGAAGUGGUGUUUUAUAGCCUGUUAUAUAGAUGAUGCCAACUACAGUAUACCUGCUCUUCAAACAUUUUCUAGUAAAAGCAACUGGGAAAAUAAUUAAAAACAGAAGAAAAAAAAACCUAAAUGUUAAUGUGUUGCUAUAGAGAUAGAACCGUUUCUGCCAUUAGCUAUGAACAUUUGGGCUCCUGUAUUUUAUUUUUUAUCCUUUAUGCGCACCUUCAAUGCCAGUAUUUUAUUUCUCCCAUUACUUUUUAUUUUCGCAACUACUUUUUGUGUGUGAACAUACAAAAGACACAAAAACAAGAUUGGGUUUGGGGGGGAAAGCAAACCGUCACAAAGUAAAAUGAUUAGAAUUGUUGAAGCAAUAUCAUUUUGCUCUUCUGACAUGGAUUGACAUCAUGAUGAAAAAAAAAAACAAGGAAAAAACCUCAAAACAAAACAUUGAACUGGAUCCCAAAAUAUAUGUAUUGAAGUGUUUCUGCCAGAAGACACAAAUCUCAACAAGAACUAAAAAUGUAUUGCUUGUGAACACUCCUCUUUGCUAUAUUGUACUACGCUGAAAGCACAAGAGGCACAAAACAAACAAUUUCAGAAUAAAUGUUGGAUUUUUUUGUUUGUUUGUUUUUUUAUUUGUGUACAAUUUUUCUAUGACACAUUCUUUUGUUUUUAUUGUGACAAUUCUUUAA